UCACACGAAUUGUCUUACUGCUGCAUCAGCGUUACGUUACAACGUGAUCAGCAUCAUGGGUGAUCGACUGGAGGUUGUGAAGGGACACCUGUCGACUGGACAGGUCCAACAGUCGUGCUGCAGCGCCCCUGGCUGCGGGCCCGGGUAUCGCACCCCGCUGGACGCCAUGAAGGCCCCAAAGGAGCAGAUUGUCUACCUUCCCUGUAUCUACAGCAAUACUGGUAUAAACAGGCCUGACUAUCUUGCCACCGUGGACGUGGAUCCCAAUUCACCGACUUACAGCAAGGUGAUCCACCGCCUGGAGAUGCCGAACAUGAAGGACGAGCUGCACCACACCGGGUGGAACGCCUGCAGCUCCUGUUUUAACGACGCCUCCAAGUCCAGGAACCGCCUCAUCUGUCCUGGUCUCAUCUCCAGCCGGAUAUACGUCAUCGACACGGGAACCAAUCCGCGAGCUCCUCGCAUUCACAAGACUGUAGAGCCGACCGAAGUGUGGAAGACCGGAUUGGCUAACACUCACAAUACCCAUUGCCUGGGCAGCGGCGAGAUCAUGAUCAGCACGAUCGGUGAUCCGAGCGGAAACGCCAAAGGAGGUUUUGUCCUGCUGGACGGGGAAACGUUUGAAGUGAAGGGGACCUGGGAGGUUCCGGGAGAAGAGACAGAGUUCGGGUACGACUUCUGGUACCAGCCCCGGCACAACGUCAUGAUCAGUACGGAGUGGGGACACCCAAAACUGCUUUGCAGUGGUUUUGACCCCCAGCAUUAUGCCGAUGGGAAGUACGGCCAGAGCCUUCACGUCUGGGACUGGACAACCCACAGGCGCAUCCAGGACAUUGACCUCGGCCCCGAGGGCGCCAUUCCACUGGAGAUCCGCUUCCUGCACAACCCGGACGAGCCGCAAGGGUACGUGGGCUGUGCGCUCAGCAGCAACGUCUUCAGGUUCUUCAAGACUCCGAGAGGUGACUGGGCAACAGAGAAGGUGAUCGACAUCCCAAGUAAGAAGGUGGAAGGCUGGGCUCUGCCUGAGAUGCCAGGGCUCAUCACGGACAUUCUGAUCUCCAUGGACGACCGUUUCCUGUACUUCAGCAACUGGCUGCACGGUGACGUCAGGCAGUAUGACAUCACUGACCGCAGGAACCCCAAGUUGGUCGGGCAGCUGUUCCUCGGCGGGAGCAUCUGUAAGGGCGGUCCUGUGAGGGUGACACAUGACGUGGAGCUGGACCAGCAGCCGGACCCUCUGGUCCUGAACGGGCGGGUGAAGGCCGGCUCAGCGCCGCAGAUGCUGCAGCUCAGUCUGGACGGCAAACGGCUGUACGUCACCACCUCUCUCUACAGCGGCUGGGACAAACAGUUCUACCCGGACAUGAUCAAAGAGGGUUCCCUGAUGUUCAUUGUUGACGUCAACACCGACAUUGGAGGCCUGUCCCUGAACCAGAACUUCCUGGUGGAUUUCGGGCAGGAGCCUCACGGUCCGGUCCUGGCUCACGAGGUCCGCUACCCGGGCGGUGACUGUAGCUCCGACAUCUGGCUCUAGACUACUUGACGGGAUUGUUGCUGUAUCCAGAACCGUCCUUGAUCCAGAAACAUGCUUAGGCACCGUUCUUGAUAGUCCGCGUGUUUCCAUAACCGUGCCUGGGGUAAAUUCGCUUGGAUACACGAAGACUAUCCAGAACUGUGCCUAACCAAUUUAGGCAUAGGACUAGGUGAUAGGACCGGGAUAGGUUCUGGUCUGGAUACAUUUGCCUAUGUUAUGUUCUUAAAGUGCCUAUGACAAAAAAAUAAAACGUUUUUAUUACAUUCAACAAUAAUAGCAAUAUUCGAU